GAAAGCUUGAGCUACAACUUGAACUAUUUCCGCAAUUGGACUUUUCUCUACGCACAGAGAACUCCCAGUCCAGAGCUUCCAGCACAGCUCUUCCCAUCACUCGGGGUCACAGCAUUGGUGAUAACUAUACACGGAAUCAGGACGCUAGUUGCGGCAAUUCACAAUGCCCGUCCCAAGGGUUGCCGGCCUACGACCCCGACGAUUCCCAAUAUCGCAACCACCACUCGUCCUGCGAUCUGAACCCAGUCGAUGCCGGUUCAAGCCAUUGACGCUCGGCAUGGUCCUUGCCGACGGCCAAUGUCGUCGGAAUUCUACAUCGCCUCCGAACCAGAAUGCAGAGGGGCCAUCCAACCAGACAGGCCAGACACCCAAGCCGUCUCCAUCACUCAGGCGCAUGCUGUGGCAAGCCAUCAGAGCCGACACACGCCGCGCUUGGUACGUGAUCCGGAACACCAGUUUUAGAGAGGUCAUGCGAAGGAACCCAGGGGAGGCUUUCUUCGCGAUCGUGGCAGUGGUUGGCGCCGUUGUGAUUCUCGGAUACUGCAUCCUCGUGUACUACACCUACUUCUACAGCCGGCAGUUCACACGAUACCCGGAACCGGUGGCACAAGCCCUGCGGAAAGCACUCUACUUCAGCAACCACGACCCGGACCCACAGCGCGCGCUGAAAUACUACAAGCAAGCCCUCGAGCUCUGCGACCAGGAAGGAUUGGACCACUUCUCGGACGACGUCAUGGGCAUCAAGAUUCAGGUGGCUGCAUGGCUUGAGAAGAUCGAGAGCUAUGAGAACGCCAUCACCGUGCUAGAGAAUCUGCUAGGAGACUGCAAGCGCUGGGUCCAGGUUAUGGAGAAGAGUGCUCGGGAGGGGACUCUGCCCAAGCUUGAGCCACCGCCACCUAAGGAGGGAGAGCCUGUCGUCCCCGGGCAGCCACUCGAGAGCUGGUGGGCUAAGAGAACCAGGAUUCUGGCCAAGGCCAUCAGCAUCAGCGUCAAGCUCGCAAGUCUCUACUCGGACGAGCAUGUCCUCGAACGAGAGCUGGCACAUGAGCGGCUGGUGUGGGCGGUUGAGACUACCCUGCGGGAGAUGCAGAGACGCGCCAAAGAAGGCUUGAAGGAAGGAGAAGGGGCUUGGAUGAGCCCCGAAGAGAUCGGUGGCAGUUUGGAGGCACUAGCACAAAGCUACCAGGAGAAGAGCCAGCAUCACUUGGCCCUUCCACUAUUUUUCCAGGCCCUCAGGUUAUGCGGCGACCCGUGCCAUAUGGCGAUCCUGAUGAACAACAUUUCAACCAGCUUUGCGGAGCAUCCGCUCAUUGCGCCUGGCGAUGCCCCCGUCCAUUCCAUGAUGGAGGAAUCCAAGAGCUGGGUUUCGCCAGCGGAACAACGGGCGUCCUACCUCGCUGCUGCUCAGCGGUGGGCGCAGAACGCCAUCCAGCACGCCUCCGGCCCGCAGGAUGACAAGCGGACACCGGAAUGCGAUCAAGCUUGCGCUGUCUCGCUGUCCAACCUCGGUUCCGUGCUGGCAUUGUUGGGCAAGACGAGUGAGGCGCGCGAGAAAUAUGAGCAGGCAAUCGCUCUGAGCAAGAAGUUCGGCCUCGAGGAUUAUGCCGCCGAGGCCGACGCCAGGCUUCAGAGCCUUCCAAGGGCAUGACGUCGACAACUCCCUGUUGUCAAUGAAUCCGCCGUGCCAUUCAUCCUCCGAUGGCGGUGAUGCCGAAACCAGCGAAAAGCGACUGCCUUGGACCAACCCCAAAGUUGCAGACCAAGACGCCGCAACCACGCUGUUUCUGACUGCGUCGAGCGGCUUCGCCGACGCGGUUCACCCGCUCACACAAACUUCCAGGA